UAUAUUGACGGGACUAGCUUUGUAGAGUCCAUAUCUAUCUAUCUAUCUAUCUAUCUAUCUAUCUGAGAGUUAAAGGUGGUGUCUUCAAAUUCCUUGUUUUUUCAGACCAAGAGUCCAAAACCCAACAAUAUUUGUAUAACUAUCCUAUAUGACUUGAAAAGUGACUGAAUGAUUAAUUAGUUGUCAAAAUAGUUGAUAGCUGAUUAAUUCUGUCCUGAUUGACUAAUUGACUAAUCAUUGCACCUCUAAUAAAAAGUCUUUAAUUCAUAAAGGUUUUCACAAAUAGCCUAAUAGUGUCAAGAUUGACCUGCAAAAAGUGUGGGAAAACACCACAAAAGACAACGCAGGAAAGCAGAACAUUACUGUUACACUAAAUAUCACACUUAGCCUUGUUCACUUGUUUACAAUAGUAAAAAUGUAGAAAUAAAACACCAAACACAUAGCAAUGAGUGUUUCACACUUAGCAACUCUUGACCCCUCCAACAUGGAGGAAUAAUUCCAGAACAGUCCACGAAGAGCCUCUAUUAUCUCUGCUUUACUCCAGUGAGUGUCUAGAUCAUAAUAAGGUGUUAAUUAAGCAAAUUUAUAAUGUGUGUAAGCAUACAUGUUAAUUACUGAUUUAAUUAUUAAUGAAAAAUACUGACACCAUGGGUUCAAAGAGGCCUAGUUGCUUACAUAGAAAUACUUUAUGUAGUAAUUUGUGGUUUGUCAUAGUUAAUAGUUUGUUUAUUCUGAAAGUGCUACACAUUCAUGAGCAAUAUUAUGAAUUUAAAAAAAAAAGAAAAUGAAAGAAAUAUCAAGGUAUCACAUCUGAACAAGGCAACAUCCUACUGAGUGAGAGUGACCCUCUGCGACAUUAAAUCCAUUACAGGCGUGUGAGAGUAACACAUCCAUAAGCCCCAAAUCUCUUUAAUACAACACCCAUUAGGAAAGUGCUGAGCUCUUUACCAACAGCUAAGAUGGUCCGCUACUCAGCAACACUACUGCCUCUGCUCUACAUCCAAUAUAUUACAGACAAUCAACUACUUACCACACAUUAAUACAAGAGACCAGGAUAUAUUUUUAGAAAUAUUUAAGGCCUGUUAUCUGUUGUUGCUAUCUUGGCUCGGACGCUCUUGCACAAGCAAUUUAUAAUCUCAGUGAGGCACUCCAUGCAGUUCAACAUCUUUUGGAAAUAAUCAUGUUAGGAUUAUGUUGUAGAUCAUGUUACCCCAUGUGUCCAUGAGUCAUCAUUUAGUAUCAGAACUGAACAGCCUCUGAUGAAAUAAAGAAAUCUUGACAGCGAUUUGACUGUCUUCAGAAAGGCCUGCCAUAUAUUUAUUUGUCAUAAGGGUAAGUUAUAGUUCACUAUAUGAGUUAUUUUGGCUGCUUAAUCGGAUUUCAUACUGCAGAUAUUUAGCAAAAUGUUCGUUCUUAGAAUUGGACUUGACAACUUAUUUUUGGGAUGAAUUCAUAGUCAUUCAGUGUUAGAUAUAGGGCUUGGGGUUACAAGUCAUGGAAUAAAUUAAUUCUACUCUUUGCCUGCUAAGCUCUAUUCAGGUUGAAGGGGGUUUGGGAAACCUUGGAUAGGUCACCAGUCCAUCACACAGCUAAUACACAUUGACACUAAUGCUUAAAUUCAUAUAUACAUGAGUGUCAUAUGUGGCUACAAAUCAGUGGCUUCAACUCCCUAGACCUGCAGGUAUUUGCUUUAUUACCUUCCAAUUCCAAAGAAAAAGGUGCCUAGUAUAGUAUCUAUCAAAUUUAGUGGACAAGAAAAGGUGAAUUAUUUCAUGUAGAUUGCAGAAACAGUUUUACCAUGUUGUAUUUAUAAUUUAAAAUGAACAGUCAUCAGACAGCUCCGUAAGUGGAAUGAGCAGGUGUAACCUUAAUAUCUUGAUGAGUGGUCAGUUAUGUUUGCAGUGAUGGCUGGAUUAGAUAUUAACUGUGGCCUAAAUCACUUUGUGCUGACGGAUUUGGAAAGUGAUAAUCCAAGGUGUGCCUUUAAAAGCCAGACCGUGACCACUUGGGUCCAUUUGUAGCAAGGUCCCUCUCCAUCACUCUCCUGAACAGCCAGAAGAAACACCACCGAAGGGCUGAUCGCAACCGCAAGCCGCAACCAUGAACGGCACAGAGGGACCCUAUUUCUAUGUCCCUAUGGUUAACACCACCGGCAUUGUCCGGAGUCCUUAUGAUUAUCCUCAGUACUACCUUGUCAACCCAGCAGCUUAUGCUGCCCUGGGUGCCUACAUGUUUUUACUCAUCCUUCUUGGCUUUCCCAUCAACUUCCUCACUCUGUACGUCACCAUCGAACACAAGAAGCUGCGAACCCCUCUAAACUACAUCCUGCUGAAUCUCGCGGUGGCUGACCUCUUCAUGGUGUUCGGAGGAUUCACGACAACGAUGUACACCUCUAUGCAUGGCUACUUCGUCCUUGGACGCCUUGGCUGCAAUCUGGAAGGAUUCUUUGCUACCCAUGGUGGUCAGAUUGCCCUCUGGUCACUGGUUGUUCUGGCUAUUGAGAGGUGGGUGGUUGUCUGCAAGCCCUUCAGCAACUUCCGCUUUGGAGAGAACCACGCAAUCAUGGGCUUGGCCCUCACCUGGGUUAUGGCUAGCUCUUGUUCCGUGCCCCCUCUUGUUGGCUGGUCCCGUUACAUCCCUGAGGGCAUGCAGUGCUCAUGUGGAAUCGACUACUACACACGGGCAGAAGGUUUCAACAAUGAGUCCUUCGUUAUCUACAUGUUCACAUGCCACUUCCUCAUCCCACUGAUUGUGAUCUUCUUCUGCUAUGGCCGUCUGCUCUGCGCUGUCAAGGAGGCUGCUGCUGCUCAGCAGGAGUCUGAGACCACCCAGAGGGCUGAGAGGGAAGUCACCCGCAUGGUCAUUAUCAUGGUCGUUGCCUUCCUGGUAUGUUGGGUACCCUAUGCCAGUGUGGCUGUUUGGAUCUUCACAAAUCAGGGCGCUGAGUUUGGACCUGUCUUCAUGACCAUCCCGGCAUUCUUUGCCAAGAGUUCCUCCAUCUACAACCCAAUGAUCUACAUCUGCAUGAACAAGCAGUUCCGCCACUGCAUGAUCACCACCUUGUGCUGCGGAAAGAAUCCCUUCGAGGAGGAGGAGGGAGCAUCCUCUACUGCCUCCAAGACCGAGGCCUCCUCUGUCUCCUCCAGCUCUGUGUCUCCUGCAUAAAAGGGCCAUCAAACAGAGGCUCCAUGAUCCACUAUCCAAGAAGAAGACUUCUGCUCCCCCCGGGAAACGACUGAAGGCUAAUGUCUACAGAAAUAACUUCCUUUUUGUAUUUUUACAAAUGAGUUGGUUCAACCUAAAGACAGUUGCAGGAAAGGUCAGCCCAUUACAGAAUGGUUCCUGUAUGUACAGAAUAUCCAACGCAACAAUCUUUGAGAUUUUUCCUGAGAGGAAAGGGAAAUAAUGUUAAUCUUUUACAGUUGGAACCUAUAUGAUACUGGCUUAUUUUUGAAUGUAGAGGCAUGUAAUCAAGGCAACGUAAAAUAAAUCGCACUUUGCAAAUGAAUCAUCCUGUUUAUGUUUUACUUACAGUUUGGGUGGCAAAGUUCAAAUGAUUGUAGUAUAUUUAAUCAAAUGAAUAAAUGUGAAUGACCUAUUCAGAAUGCAUUUAUGUCUUGAGUCAAUUUCUACUUUAGAGCUAUU